AUGCAUCUCAAGGCUAUGGUUCUUGUCGUCGGCUGCCUUGCGGCGGAAGGCCUAGUUACUGCAGCUCCUGUGAAACGCUCCGAGGCCGACACCGAGGGUGCCCUGGGUGGCUACAAGAUCUUUAGCAGCUACGAGCAAGCGAAAGAGAAGCGCUCCGAGGCCGACACUGAAGGUGCCCUAGGUGGCUACAAGAUCUUCAGCAGCUACGAAGAGAAAGAGAAGCGCUCCGAGGCCGACACCGAGGGUGCCCUGGGCGGCUACAAGAUCUUCAGCAGCUACGAGCAAGCGAAAGAGAAGCGCUCCGAGGCCGACACUGAAGGUGCCCUAGGUGGUUACAAGAUCUUCAGCAGCUACGAUGAAGCGAAAGAGAAGCGCUCCGAGGCCGACACUGAAGGUGCCCUAGGUGGUUACAAGAUCUUUAGCAGCUACGAAGAGAAAGAGAAGCGCUCCGAGGCCGACACCGAGGGUGCCCUAGGCGGCUACAAGAUCUUCAGCAGCUACGAUGAAGCGAAAGAGAAGCGCUCCGAGGCCGACACUGAAGGUGCCCUGGGUGGUUACAAGAUCUUCAGCAGCUACGAAGAGAAAGAGAAGCGCUCCGAGGCCGACACUGAAGGUGCCCUUGGUGGCUACAAGAUCUUCAGCAAAUACGAGAAUGAGUAA